GCCGCCUGCCCGUGUCCGCCCGUGUCGCGCCGGGGCCCCGAGCAGCCGUUGGAGGAGGAGGGGGUCGGACUCGGCGUUCCUCGGGCGUCGGUGCUCGCCGCCGCCGCCGUUUGUCCGCGCGUCCGCCGUCGCUCGCUCGAGGCCGUCGCCAUGCUGGCGCUCAUCUCCCGCCUGCUGGACUGGUUCCGCUCGCUCUUCUGGAAGGAGGAGAUGGAGCUGACGCUCGUGGGGCUGCAGUACUCCGGCAAGACCACCUUCGUCAACGUCAUCGCGUCAGGUCAAUUCAGUGAAGACAUGAUUCCCACAGUGGGCUUCAACAUGAGGAAAGUAACUAAAGGUAACGUCACAAUAAAGAUAUGGGAUAUAGGAGGACAACCCCGAUUCCGAAGCAUGUGGGAACGGUAUUGCAGAGGAGUCAAUGCUAUUGUUUACAUGAUAGAUGCUGCAGAUCGUGACAAGAUUGAAGCCUCUCGAAAUGAACUACACAAUCUUCUAGAUAAACCACAGCUACAAGGGAUUCCAGUACUAGUUCUUGGAAACAAAAGAGACCUUCCAAAUGCCUUGGAUGAGAAACAGCUAAUUGAAAAAAUGAAUCUGUCUGCUAUUCAGGAUAGAGAAAUUUGCUGCUAUUCAAUUUCUUGCAAAGAAAAGGAUAAUAUAGAUAUCACACUUCAGUGGCUUAUUCAACACUCAAAAUCUAGAAGAAGCUGAAACAUCUCCUGAAGUCUUCCAGUUCUUCUUGGCUAUAAUCCUAGAAUUAUUGUCCGUUGCUCUGAAGUCCUUCCCAGAAUAUGGUCCUUCCUAAACCCAAGAAAUUGCCUUUUUCGGAGUUUAUUUCUCAUGUGCACUGCUGAAGAUGUGUAUCCCUAACCCUCCCUCAUACCGAUCAGCUAGAGUUGUCAUGAUAAAGUCAGCACACAUCAAAAGACUUCACACACAUACUUGUCUGAGUGUGUAGAGCUUUAUUUUAUUUUAUUUUAUUUUUUUAAAAUAAAAGUAAAAAACACACUUUUGACCAUCUUAAAUCAAGAAAAUUCUAUAUUUCCAUCUGGUCUUUCUGGGCCAGAUUUUUAUAUUGGCUCUCAGUAAAUGUUUACUUACGAUAUUUCAUUAUAGAGUCCAGUAGCUUAAUACUGAUACUGACUUGACAGCAUGAAAUUUCUAGUGCCACACCCAGUACUUAGAAAACCGUUAAGCCAACACGUGGGAUAUAAACUUAAUGUUUAUCUUAUCUCACAAAUGCAUGUGAAAUGUAUCAUUACAACAUAGGAUUAAAGGAUGGUCUGUCACAAGUGAGUAAAGGCACCAGAUCGAUGUUCUUUGUUCUUUACACUGGAGAGUUCCUACCUGGUGAAUUUUAGAGACAUUCUGCUCUCUGAGAAUCCUCACUGUCAGGUAGCAUUUGGGGAAGCGAGAGGAGUUAGAGCAUGCUGUUUUGUGUCUGUCCAGAUCAUUACAUUUUUUUCUUUCCCUUUCUACAUACUUUUUUUAAGGGGUUGGGAAUUGAAGAUUUUCUCAAAAGCUUUCAUGAAUUUAGAGCACUCUGGCCAAUGUAAUAAAACCUGUUAGUCUGACUUUGUUCAAAAUCCAUGUCGGUUCUUUGUAUCUCCAGUCACUGAAUUGUGCUGCUCCAUGACCCUCCAACUCCUGACUUUUAUAUCCAGUCAUAAAAGUUGACUUUCAGCACAAGAGACACUUAUAAACAAAUAAAAAUUCUUAUUUUUUUUUCCUGUUAUAAGGAUUGACACUCUUUUGUCUGGUGCCUUUAGACAUCUUGAUUAUUGUGACAACUCUAGACCUGCCGGCUUUAUCUAGUGUAAUCAUGUGCAAUGUCUACAGGUUGCUUAAUAAUCCAUCACACAGAGAACUGAGGAACUGAUGCUGUUUUUUGCUUGCUUCUAUGGUACAGAAUUGUAUAAAAACUUAAAGCAAACAUAUUUGAUAGUCUGUGAUCUUCAUAUACAUAAAGGGACAUAUUAAUGCUGGUUCACUUAUAAGCUGUUAUUCAUACAGAAGCUGUAGUGGAUAAACCUCUGUGGUGACACCUCUUACAUGUGCCUCACACUGUGUGUGACUUUGUUUCUUUUAAGCAGCACUUAUGUAGAUGAUGCAUUUCUAGAUGUAUUGAGCACUCAGAGUACAGUCAACAGCAAGUUCUUUUAAUGAAUACCCGUUUUAAUUUAUAGAAUGCCAUGGCCUUAAAAAGAUUCUGUACAAAUACUGCACUGUGUUGCACAGACACUACUUGCUUUUCUCCAUUCACAUUUUUAAAGAGUCGGAUCUGGGCUUUUAAAGUUCUCUUCUUAUUCUUUGGGCAUGUUGUGUACUUCCCAGAUGGGUUGGAUGGUUUUGUGAAUAAUGAAGGGAUAUUUAAAAUGGCUACUGUAGCUUGACCUCAUUAAUGGUCACUGUGAACUGUUACAAAGAAUGUGGCAACUUGCUUGUGCCUAAAAGGAGGGAUUGGAACUAGAUUGUGUGACUAAGUGGGGACUGCAUAGGUUUGUUAAUUGACCUGUAGCUUCAAGUGUUUGUGUGUCUUUUUAUUGCUCUUAGCAUUUUAAGACAACUAAAAGCUACUACCAACAUUUUACUGUGCAUAACCUCUGCAUGUGAAAAUUUAACAGCUACCAAACUUUGUAAAUACGUACAUUUUUUUAUUUAGGUGGAUGCAUUUUUGUCUGUUUAUUGCUUUUCUCAGCUUUAUUCAAUAAACUUGCAUUUUGAGGGUUGUAUUGGCAAUUUCAGCUUAUGUGCAUCCUGAUGAAAGGAGCAGACUUCUUUGGAAUGGAGUGGUAAAAUUCCCCUGAGGGGACCCCAUAGACCAUGUGCUAAAAGGAAGUCAACUCUGAUCACAGUUGGGUCUGUGGGCUGAACUAGAAAUAAACUUUUAAAAUAUC